AUAAAAAUUGAGGCAACGAAGUUUACUGAAAUAGGGUACGUUGGACGUGACGUUGAUUCGAUAAUACGCGAUUUAGUUGAUGCAGCAAUAGUUUUAGUUAAAGAGAAAGCCCGUAAAGCCUUAGCUAAAAAGGCUUUAAUUUUAGCUGAGAAAACAAUAGUAAACUCUAUGGUAGGCGAAAAUGCAACCGAAGAGAGUAAAAAAAUUUUUAGAGAAAGGUUGAGGAAUAAAGAGUUUGAGGACGGAGAAGUUUCUAUUAACGUCAGAGAGAGCAAGAGUAUGUUACCUACUUUCGAUAUACCAGGCAUGCCAGGUGGGCAAGUUGGUGUGAUGAAUGUAACAGAAAUAAUGGGCAAGAUGUUUAACGGGAGCAAAAAAACAAAAACUAUUACGGUGAAGGUAAAAGAAGCGCGUGAAAUAUUAAUUAAUGAAGAAAGUGAAAGGCUAAUGGAUGAAGAUAAGAUAAUCAAAGAAGCCAUUGAUCUUGUUAGUAAUGACGGUAUAGUAUUUUUGGAUGAAAUAGACAAAAUUGCAGCGCGUACAGAAGUAAAAGGUGAAGUAAACAGAGAAGGAGUGCAACGCGAUCUGUUACCAUUACUUGAAGGAACAACUGUUACAACUAAGUAUGGCCAUGUAAAAACAGACUAUAUAUUAUUUAUUGCAUCUGGUGCUUUUCAUCAGUCUAAACCAUCUGACCUCUUACCGGAAUUGCAGGGCAGAUUACCGAUCAGGGUAGAACUUAAGGCACUUACUCAAGAGGAUUUAAUAAGAAUAUUAAAGGAACCAGAAUCUAGUUUGUUAAAGCAGUACAUAGCUUUAAUGAAAACAGAAAAUGUGACACUUGAGUUCACUGAUGAUGGUAUAAAAACCAUAGCUGAAAUAGCGUUUACAGUUAAUAGGCAAGUGGAAAAUAUAGGUGCAAGAAGGCUUCACACUGUCAUGGAGAAGCUUUUAGAUGAAAUAAGUUUCAUUGCUUCUGAGAAAAAUAGCGAAAAAUUCAUUAUAGACAGCAAGUAUGUAAAAGAUAAACUUGAGUCAAUUUCGAAGCAGCUUGAUUUAUCUAAGUUUAUACUUUAGGAAAAACGAAAAGCCUACU